AUGCCGCUUUUGAUUUGGCGGUUGGAAUUGUCGGAAGUUUAUAUUGAAGGACAAGUGACGUAUUCACUUCGAAUGUUGAUUUUUAUAGAUUUUCAACAGAAAGUUCGAUUUCAAAACGGUUAUUUUGAAGUUUUGACAGACCCGCGAGAUGACGUUGAAACAGUUCCAGAAGCAGAUGACGUCAUUGACGCAACUCCAGAAGAUGUUGGUGAUGACGUGGAUUGUUCGGAUGCACUACAAUCGGCGUAUCCAGAAGAACCAGAUGAGAGGGAACGCAUGUCAUCCUGA